AUGUCUUCUGCAGUAGCUGAACUGGAGAACCUUCUCCAAUCCAUGCUGGCCCUCAAGCCGCCUGGCGUAUCUGGCUCAAAGAUUGGUGGCAUCACAAACUUGUGCAAUGCCAACGUGCAGAAUGAAUCAGUUCUCAUCCAGAAGAUUUACACUCACUUCAAGAAGGCCCCCGGCUCUCACAAGCUGGGUGUGCUUUAUGUGGUAGACUCAGUAACUCGCCAAUGGGUAGAGGCUGCGCGCAAGGCCGGCCAGGUUCCUGGCGGUGAUGCGCCGGAUGGAACUUACGCCGCUGGUGUCAAGCGUGUCACUGAUCUCUUGCCCAUCUUGAUGACAGAUAUCAUCAAUAACGCCCCCCAUGACCAAAAGGACAAGAUCAAAAAGCUAGUCGACAUCUGGGAACGUGGUGCGACUUUUCCGGCCCCGAUGCUCGCUUCGUUCAAAGAGAAGCUGAACGCUGCUCAAAAUGUCGAAUCGAACACCCCCGAAGGAUCCCCUGCACCGAACGCCAACCCGAUCGGAAUCCCGCAACAAUCGGCGACACCUGAUACCUCGAGCAUCCUGAAAGCUUUGGCCGAUAUGGCCAAGCAGAACACUACCGCGCCUGCUGCACCUUCCGCACUUGCGCCGGCCAACCCUCUGGGUGCUUUCAACUCGGCCUCUGUGACCCCUGCCAAUGAUCCAAGUUCGCAUAUGGCUGCUGCCAUGAAUGCACUCGGCGCCGGUGGACCUGUCGCGACUCCCUUUGCGGGUAUGGCCGGCAUGGCUCAGAACCCGGCUCUCCAGCCGCAGAGUCAAAGUGGAACUCCGAUCUCGAUGCCCGCCGCGAACCCGCUGACCUCAAUGCUUCCUCAGGCUGCGCAACCCGCCGCACCUGACUCAAACGCCAUGGCACAGCAGCUACAACUUCUCCAGAUGCUCGCUGCUCAGGGAAUCCCCCAGGACCAGUGGGGCACUGCCUUGCAGCUCUUCAGCAUGACCAACAACAAUGCCAUGGGCGGUAUGCCGGGUAUGCCUGGGAUGCCUGGAAUGCCUGCGAUGCCUGCGAUGCCCGGAGGACCGAUGGCUGGAUUCAACCCGAUGCAAGGACAGAACAUUGGUGGAUGGGGUCACUCGGACUCCCAGAACAAGGACGAUCGUGGCCGUGAAUACCCUCGCUCGCCGCCCACUGGAUAUCGUCGUCGUUCUCGUUCUCCGGGCUGGGAUAGACGCCGUACUGCUUCGCCCCCUCGCCGUCGUGACAGCCCUGUCUAUGGAGAAUAUGAAUCGCCUGGUCGUCGUGGAGACCCGCGUGAUGCUCGUGGCCGUCGUGGUAAUGAGUAUCGCCAGCGUAGCCCCCCUGGUGGCCGUGGCGGUAGACGUCGCUCGCCUUCGCCUGCUCGUAACAAGGAUCCCAACCUCCCUCCCCCUGGACCCAAGUUCAUUGAAUGGGACUAUUCGAUCGGCCAGGGUAUGAUUAAAGUCUUGAGCCGAACUCUUUUCGUUGGUGGUGUUACCUCCUCCGAGGCCCACCUGCGUCAACUCUUUGGUCAGUUUGGAAUUGUUCAGACUUGCAUUGUCAAUGUCGACAAGCGCCACGCUUUUAUCAAGAUGGUUAGCCGGACCGAUGCCAUGCAGGCACGUGAUGGAAUGGAAUCUUACCGUACUGGCGAGAUGCAACUCAGGACUCGUUGGGGUGUUGGCUUUGGCCCCCGUGACUGCAGCGAUUACCAGACUGGAGUCAGCAUUAUUCCGAUUGAGCGAUUGACCGAGGCUGACCGCAAGUGGAUGCUUUCGGCAGAGUAUGGUGGAACUGGUGGACGUCCCAUUGAAUCUGGAAUGAUUGUUGAAGAGCCCGAUAUUGAAAUCGGCGCAGGUGUCUCCUCCAAGGCUAUCAGCCGCCGCAUUGCCACUGACACUGGCGGCAAGCGGGGCCCAAUUUCCACUCGCACUAAUCCCAAUCCCCAGGACACUCGUUUCGGCGGUCGCCGUCCUGAGCGUGAUGGAUACGGUGGCGGUCCUCAGAUGGGUGGUGAACUUGACAUGCCUAAUAUGAACAAUCAGGGAGCCGCACCUGCAGUUCCUUCCUAUGGUUUCAACUUCGCUAGCAUGCCCAUGUUGCCCCCCGGAUUCAUGAUGGGUGGUGGUCAGCCCGGUAUGCCCGGUGCGCAGCCUCCUUCCGGUGGCCAGGGCAACUGA